AUGGUCCCCGUAAUCUAUCACGGCUCAUGUCUCUGCGACUCAAUAACGUUUGACAUUGAAGGUGAGCCUGAAAAAGUAUUCAGUUGUUACUGUCUCGACUGCGCAAAGAAUUCUGGUGGACCAUAUCAACUUGUCGCCAAAUACGACGUGAGCAAGAUUACUGUCAAAGAUCCCCAGAAUGCUCAGGCCGUUUGGAUCAUUAGCCAAACACAAAGUGGCUUCGAAAAGCAUAAAGUCUUCUGCCGCCAAUGUGGUUGUACCCUGUGGACUAUACCAAUGCAUCAUCAAGGUUUGAAGAUAAUGGUACGAACCUCGUUGGUCAAUGGAGGGCUUGAACAGUGGCAACCUCAAGCGGCAUUGUUUGCGGACUGUCAACCGAGUUGGAUGAAACAUACCUUGGAUGGGAAAUUAAGAUAA